CCCUCCUUCGUCACGUUGCUUUGCUUCGCCGUCUUCUUUCUUGGUGCUCAGGUGAAACUGUCCUUUUUGUGCCAUUUUGCCAUUUUGAUGGCAUUUGAGUUAACUAUUGUUAAGGUUUUUGAUAACGAUUGUCUUUUGAUGCUGUUUGUUCAUUUUACAGCUGUUGUUAAGGCACAAAACGAACGGUAGCUUUCAUGUUUUUAAGGUGACAAUUGUUGUAUUAGUCGGUAUUUUUAAUCAGAUGUUACGUCAGACGAAAGAUUAAGUGAAAUACAUUUAAUUGUUUUUUUUCCUUUUAAUGACCAAGAUGUUUAAGAUUGGCUUGGUGUGAGGUUUAUUGCGGCAAUUUUUUAGACUGGUAUCUCAUCAAACUUUACAUUUGAUAGCUUUGUUGCUGCAAAAUUGUGUUUUUGGUUGAUUUGUUAAUGGAAAUGUGGGCUACUUUAUAUAUAAAAAAAAAAGGUUCAACAUGGCCGCCAUGACGCAGGGGCUUAACUGCUAUUGUUUGGUUAUAAAUGGCAUAUAACGACUGCUUUAUAUGUUAUAAAGACUGCUCUUUUUGUUUUUUGGUGUUAGAUUUAUUGCGGCCAUUGUUUUCGACUGUUAUUUUGUCAAACCUUACAUUUGAUAGAUUUGUUGCUGCCAAAUGGUAUUUUUGAUAGAUUUGUUAAUGGAAAUGUGAUCCACUUGGCUUUCUCUCAUACCCUUUUUGUCAGCUAACGUCACAGCAGUAGGUUGGCGCAGAUCAUAAAAAUGGCGGCCUUUGUGUCAAGGUCAGUAGCUUCCUUUUUAAUUGAGUUUUUACUUGUUAACUCUGGAGUGUCUGAAAUGAACUGAGUUGGUGACUACAACCAAAUGUUAUGAAAAUAUGGAUACUAUUUUGUUAGCAGCUGUUAAACGUGGCUAACAGACUGACAUUUGACAUGCUACAUAAGAAGCAGUUAUUUAAUAAGUUGACCUAUGCUGAACAUGCUACUAGAUGGUCCAGAAGUCAAUGAAAGGGAAAAAAGGGCCAGCCUUAGAUGGUCCAGAAGGCAAUGAAAGAUUUAAAAAAAAAAAAAAAAAAAAGGCCAUGAAAGAUUAAAAAAAAAGGCCAGCCUUAGAUGGUCCAGAAAGCAAUGAAAGAUGAAAAAAAAAGAUGGUCCAGAAGGCAAUGAAAGAUAAAAAAAAAAAAAAGUCCAGAAGGCAAUGAAAGAUUUAAAAAAAAGGUCCAGAAGACAAUGAAAGAUUAAAAAAAAAAAAAGGGCCCGUCUUAGAGGGUCCAGAAGUCAAUGAAAGAUUUAAAAAAAAAAAAAAAAAAAAAACUUUGGACAGCCUGACUGGCAAAAUUGCGAUCAUUGCAAUUAGUUGUAAACGUAUUGUUGCUAUAGCCUAUUGUCUUUUUUUAUUUUUUUUACAUUACACUGCUGGAACAUCGUGCUUUUGCAAGUUUAUGGAAACAAAGGUGGCUGCCAUCAACUGGCAACAUAGAUAUAAUACAGUGGCAUUGCAGGCAUUUUUUUGGUCAAAGUAUGUUUUUGUCUUUGUUGGUGUAAUUCCAAAUUGGCCAACAAGCAGACGGAUCAGUUUAUAAAGACAUUUUUUAAAUUUUUUUUUACAUUUUUUAAUACCAUUUUCGGGAAAUGGACUGAGUUAUUGGGAAGAAUGGACUUAGUGGUAGAGGAAGAAUGGACUUAGUCAUUAGAGGAAGAUCGCAGGACAGGACCAGAUCGCGAGGUGGGACCAAGAGGGAGCCAGGCAGGACAGGACCAGAUCGCGUGGUGGGACCAGGAGGGAGCCAGGCAGGACAGGACCAGAUCAUGUGGUGGAACCAGAGUGCGUGGAGGGAAGAGCAGAUGGGGUCCAAAAGAGCAGGCAUCAGUGGUCGCCAGAUGGAGCCAGAGGCAGUGUAGCGUCAUCCAAAGUCCAUCGUUGAAGCGGCUCGUCAGAUCCAGAGCCAGCCAGUGCCAAGAGGGUGGGACAGGGAGCAAGUGUCGCCAUGCUUCAUAUUAAUCACAAAGGCGUUGGUUUGUAUAAAGGUAGAGGUAUCUGUAACGGGGCCUUUUUAAUCAAAUUUGCACUUAAACUUUUCUUUUGUAGGACAAAAUGUCUGGCACAGAUCUCUCUUCCCUUUUCCAGGCUAUCUGUAAAGCGUUGCGUAUCUUGAUCACCCUUCCUGUUGUGUGCUGACUCGUGUCGUGGUGGUGUCCGCUGUAACGGCUGCCUUGGUAGUGUGGUGGCGAGAGGAGUGCCUUAUCGGAAUUCUCUACACCGCUGCGAUCACUAGUUCCCCGGCCGGAGGGAGAGGCAGUCCUUUGUUCACUAGUUCUACUUGAAGUUUGUCUACAUUUGGGUUUCUUGCAAAUGGGUGAAGGGAGGGGAUUGGGGGGGGAGCCUUAAUCAGUCUCUUCCUAGACUCCACAGCUCUCAAGUUUCCCUUCGCAAUGGCUUGAAUAAGAAUCAUCCCAGUGUGCCCAACAUCGUUCGCAAGUGGACAAUUUGCAUCGCAGGAUAGCAGCCCCUAAAGUAGUCACCUGGUGUAGCCAGAGCACAUGUGGAGUGCGGUAAAAGUCUCUUUGCAAUUUUGUUCAGGCAUUAUGCUGCUUGUGGGUUGGGGAGGGGCUGUGUCUUUGUUGCUUUUGCAGAUUUAAGUUAUACCAGCCCUUCAGUAACCUACGCCAAAGUCAACAUCUUCACGUCUGUGCAUAUGGCGGAAAAUCUUCGUGUUCACAACUGCGGUAUUUAAGUACUACUCCUUAAAGACAAAUAUCUUCAUUAAUUACUCUUGCAGUUGUCCCCUUAGAGGACAUAUUCCUGUAAUGCUAGCUACUGUUAAUUUGUAUUGCUUUGUAUUUUGGGUGGGGUCCUGUGGGGGAGAGGCUUUUCCUUUGCAUUUUUCAGUGUGCUGUGUCCUGUGCGCUUUCCAAUACCUGAGUCCACCUGGAAGUCUCCUAACUCAUUGUAUGUACACGUUUCCUUGCGCUUCGAGCAUCACGUAAGGUCAUUAAAUGUGUUCAUAUUUAACGUUCAUUGUCUGUUAAAAUUCCUCCAUUGCAAUUCCUUUGCAAUUAGUUACCAUCCUUUGUAUUGACGAUACAAUGAGUAAACUAUUUGUAAAGGAUUUUCUAUUUGCAUAAUAAAUGCAUAGCUUGUUGUGAUUGAAUACAGUACUGGUAUGCAUUUGUUCUUUGGGGGGCUUUUUGGGGGAAGCUUCUCUUGUGCUUUUUCAGGUAUUUAAGCUUGGAGCUUUGUAGAGCACGGAUGUGACCUGGGCUCGAAUGAUCUUUCAAAGUGGAAAUUGAAGGCAGAUAAGUGGAAUCCAUCAAAUAUUGAUGUUGUGAAGCAGCAAAUUCCUUAAAUCUCCCAAUGAGACGUGUAUGUUGAACGGGCUGAACUGCCCCAUCAUAAAAGCAAACUUGCUACACUUGACUGUGUCCGUAGCGCUAGCAUAGCACUGCUUUGCCCUUUUCGUCCUGAGCUACAGGAACAUUUGAUGGACCUUGCUUGUCAUAUCUGCAGUAAAGCAUUUGGGUAAGGCUAACAGUAGUCAGUUCUAUGAUCUUGUGGGAUUGUAGGGGGUUGUCUUGUCUACUUCUGAUUUCUACAGAGCAGUCCAAAGGAGGGAAGAAAUAUUCCCAUGACAACACAGGAAUCAUGCCGCCGUUUGAAAUCAACCACCUGUUUUGACUUGGAGUCAGGUUUUAAUUACUUUUAACAUGUAGUCCUCAGCUACAUGCCCUUGCGCAACUGUGCAAGUGGCAGGUCUGUAUGAUCUAUAAAUAUCACGCAACUGUGUGACGUUCAAAAUUGUAGCUGAGGAAAGCUGUGCAUUGUGCAGCUUUAAUUUGUUUGGCAACGCAAAUGUGUUGCUGUAAUUGUGAGCUGGUUGUGGUUGUUUGUAUCCCUGCAACUUCUCUUUGCAGAGCUCAUGUUUUCAGGCUGGUUGAUGCAGGAAUGAGGUCGUCUAAUCCGGACAUUGUAGUAAGAUGUUCAUUUGUCAAGAUAAAAUAGUUACAGCCAAAUUGACAUCUUGGAACUGGCUUUAUGUUAACCUCAAAUCAACAAUGCUUUACUAGAAAAUUCCUCUUUGGCCAACAGGCCCAUUUGCUUUGCAUCUUAAACCGUAAGAUGAGUAGACAUUUUGAGUGUUCUGUGGUGGGUGUGUUGUGUAGAUCACUCUGUUUCAGAUCGUUUUCGUCUGUCCACUCUGAUCUCGCCCGCCUCUGAAUGCAAAGCCAUCUGUGGAAGCUGCCGGCGAAUAUGUGUAGCCCCCAAUUGACGUUCCAACCCUCUGUGCGCUUGUGCUUAAACCCGACAUCCUUCGCAGAAGCCCUGCUCUUUUCUGUCUCCGUGUGUGUGCCUCUUUCCAUUUUGGUUUCUCAGGUCAAAAUUUCCAAAUUUGAUCAAUAAGGCGUCUGGGAUGGUCUAACCUGUGAUGGAACACUGAGAAUCCAGUCACUAAGAUCAACUGCUGCAAGUUUCUUUCCUCUAAUGCAUCACUUGUCGUGGGUGUGAAGUUAAGUAAUUUCGGUUCCCUUAAUUCUCAUGCCAUGGCUUUGAAGUGUUAACUACAUGCUGCAUGUACAUCAGCUAUGCGUAACAUUAUUGUACUUGAAUGUGUAACCAUGUAGUUGCAAUGCUGUGCUUUUUGGGGCAUUUUGUGGGGUGGGGGAACAACAAUCUCUUGUCUUUACAGAAUUCUUUCAGCAUAAAUCACUUGAGAUGCGCGCCUUAAACUUCAGCACCAAGUUGUGGAAUGCCUUGAUUCUGCCUGCCUCUAGUUUUAAUUUCGUGGAAGAAUUGAGCUUCAGCGAGGAGUAGCUGGUGAUUUAAUGCAGUUUCGACAGCUGGUGGUAAACGACAACCAUAAUUUAUUUUCCAUUGGAUAAGCAUUGGUAAACAUUUUGGUGCUUAUGUGGGCGGGAGGGGGUGGGGAGGCUCAUUGUUCUCUUUUUCUCCCCCUUAUUACAGCCUGUGCGUUUGUGCUGAGAGCCCUGCCAAAUAUCACACUUGAGGAAAAAUGGAUUUGAGUAUCACCAGAGAUGCUGGUAUCUCAAUUAUUGAAUGGAAAUGGAGUCUAUCAAAACAGCUCGCUCUGGGAAAUACUGGGAUGUGGGGGCAACCGGUUGUGUCUUCUAGUUUCAGCCUCGUGUCCAGACUUAUCUCCGUGCAGUGACAAGAUCACAUAGCAGCCAGGUCGUCUUGGGUUUUCUUUUCCUGGAGGAACAAACUCCCGGGUUUGUUCCUCCAGGUUUUGCUUUUGCCCGUAAUACAGCAACAACAAAAAGCAAAAGACUCCGGUGGUGGCACUCCUGACUUUGUUGGGACGGGGUUCAAUUCCCUGCGGUGUCUUGCUUCAUUGUGCUGUGGGUAAAACCUUGUCUAUGCAACAGGGUUGUGAUAUUUUUUUUUUUUUUUUAGAUUCAGAAAAGUUUCCUUUUAAAGUGCGCUUUCAAAAAAAAAACCCGACCCAUUAAGCGCUGUGAUUUUUUUUUUUUUUUUAACCUAUAGGACAAAGCAGAGAUGCAGUUUUUUUUCUUGAAAUAUACUGUAUAUAACUUCUUAGCAUAGUUACAAAUAUGUGGCUCUUGCUGGAAAACGUUUGGACACCCUUGAGCUAAAUGGUUGACAGUUGAGGUUGCUCAGAGUUAACAUCACUCACUCCACUUUGACAUCUAUCAAAGCAGGGUUGUCCAAAGUGUGGACCAGCAUCUGUAUGCAAAUGACUUGUAUGUGAUACACAAUGCUGUGUAUACAUGGACCAAUUGUUGUAAUAAAAAUAUUAUACAAGAUGUAUUCUUUAUUGAAAUUGUGUUAUGUAUUCAAUGUUCGUGGCACCUUAGUCUAUACAACAGCGAGCAGUUUCAAAUGUAGUGAAAUGCAUCUCACAUAAAAGGGGAUUAUAUUUUUUCUCUUUGUCAAUUGUCCAAGUGAUGUCCACAAUAAGUACUGGACAAUUAUCUGUGAUUAUCAUUCAAAUGUGUAAUUUAGGCGAUUAUAGUUCCACCUCCAAGCUAAGCAAAUUCCUCACAACCUCCCAUUGCUUACUCUAGUAUACAAGUAGUUGAUGGAUGUCUUGAACCCCUAAUAGCGAAUUCAGAUGACAGUGCAUCACUAAUUUGGUGCGCGGCUCGGUACCUCCAUGAUAACAUUUCAUAUAUUUACCUGUAUGGGCACAUUCGAAAAACAUGCAUGUGAGGUUAAUUGGAGACUCUAAAUUGUCCAUAGGUAUGAAUGUGAGUGUGAAUGGUUGUUUACUGUAUGUACAGGUAUAUGUGCCCUGCGAUUGGCUGGCGACCAGUCCAGGGUGUACCCCGCCUGUCGCCCGAAGUCAGCUAUGAUAUGGUCCAGCAUACCCCCGCGACCCUAAUGAGGAGAAGCGGCAUAGAAAAUGGAUGGGUGAAUUUAAAAUAUUUUAAUUGGUUGUGAGUGGCUCUCACGGCUAACAAUCACAGUCAAAUCGCCACGGAACUAAUAUGCAGUGACGUGUUUUCCGUCCGGAAUCAUUUCCAUCCGUUCAUGUGUCCAAACCCGCUGUUCUGUGCUGUGCUGGUUGUGAGUAUGUGUGUUUACUGAGGUGUGAGGUGGAAAGAGGCGAUGUGGUCUUUUUUUGCCCGGGAUCCUGUCAAAGACUUUGCUUAUGAAAUUCUUCCAGACAGCCCGGAGAAAUCUGGAAUAUGGUCGCUUCAUCGCGGGAAACGAAAGUCCAAUGGAGAGCCGGUGUCGGUGUUUGUCUACGAGGUGGCCCAGGGAUCAGAGCAGCAGACUCAGUUGGCCAAAGCCGCUUUCAAGCGGAUGAAGACCCUUCGCCAUCCCAACAUCCUGGCAUAUGUAGACGGCUUGGAGACCGAGAAGAGCCUGUACCUGGUAACUGAACCCGUAACACCCUUGGCCGUGCAACUGAAGGACAGUCCCGGUGAACUGGAAGUCUCUUGGGGUCUGCACCAGAUAGUGAAAGCUCUGAGUUUCCUGGUGAAUGAUUGCCACCUGCUCCAUAACAACCUGGGCCUGUGGGCCGUCUUUGUGGAUCGAGCUGGAGAGUGGAAGCUUGGGGCUCUGGACCAUGUCGCCCCAGAGCAGGGUGACCCAAGCGGGGCCUCGCUCCCGGCCCCCAAGGCUGUUUACCCAGACAUGGAGAAGUACGAGCCGCCAGAGGCGGCGAGUUGCAGUGGAGAGAAAUGGGCAGGGGAGGUGUGGCGGUUAGGCUGUCUGGUGUGGGAGGUGUUCAACGGGCCACUCAAUCGCACGUCUUCUCUUCGUUCACUGGGGAAGAUCCCCAAGGCCCUCGUCCCUCACUACUGCGAGCUGGUGGGUGCCAACCCUCGGUCACGGCCCAAUCCGGCUCGCUUCCUUCAGAACUGCAGAAGCCCCGGGGGGUUCCUCUGCAACAGCUUUGUGGAGAGCAACCUCUUCCUGGAAGAGAUCCAGAUCAAGGAAGCGGCUGAGAAGCAGCAGUUCUUCCAGGACCUAAGCGACAAUCUGGACUCCUUCCCAGAGAACUUCUGUAAGCACAAGGUCCUCCCUCAGCUGCUCACCGCCUUUGAGUUUGGGAAUGCCGGCGCUGUAGUCCUGACGCCACUUUUCAAGGUGGGUAAGUUCCUGUCCGCAGAGGAAUACCAACAGAAGAUCAUCCCGGUCAUCGUCAAGAUGUUUUCCUCCACAGACCGGGCCAUGAGGAUACGACUGCUCCAGCAGAUGGAGCAGUUCAUUCAGUACCUUAAUGAGGCCGCAGUGAAUUCCCAGAUUUUCCCUCAUGUUGUCCACGGCUUUACUGACACCAACCCUGCCAUCAGAGAACAAACUGUUAAGUCGAUGUUGCUGCUGGCUCCCAAACUGAACGAGAGCAACUUGAACCAGGAGCUGAUGCGCCACUUUGCCAGGCUGCAGGCCAGGGACGAGCAGGGCCCGAUCCGAUGCAACACCACCGUCUGCCUGGGCAAGAUCGCCUUCUACCUCAACGCCGGGACCCGACAGCGAGUUCUGAUUUCUGCCUUCUCUCGAGCAACAAAAGACUCCUUUGCGGCGUCGCGCUCCGCCGGCGUACUCGGCUUUGCCGCCACACACAACUACUACAGCCUGACGGAGAUUGCCGCCCGUAUUUUGCCUACGCUCUGUGCCAUUACCGUGGACCCUGACAAAAGCGUGAGGGAGCAGGCCUUCAAAGCCAUCAGGAGUUUUCUCUCCAAGCUGGAAACUGUGUCCGAAGAUCCAACCAAGCUGUCUGACAUAGAAAAGGAUGUUGGCUCGUGUGCUCAGCCUGCCGGCACCUCUUCCGGGUGGACCGGCUGGGCUGUGACCGGCAUGUCCUCGCUGACUUCCAAGUUGAUCCGCAACACACCAGGGACAGAAGGAGGUGCGGUAGCUGAGCGCAGCGGGACUUCCAGUGCCAGGGGUGGCGCGGGUACAGCUCCAAGUUCUGUAGAAAAAAGCCCCCAUGACCCCAUGACCACCAGUGCUGCCUCAAACUCAGUGGACCAAUCACAGGCUCUCCAUGUGACGGACAAUGAGGAGGAGCCAGGAGAGCGCUGGGAUGACGAGGAGGAUUGGGGGAGUUUAGAGCAAAGUGAGAAGGAUGACUGGAACACUGACUGGUCAGGAAUGACACCCAAGAAGAACGGCAGUGAUGGAGGAGCGGGCCGGUCGGCGACCACCAUGGCGGGGGAAAAGCAGAUUUCGAACUGGAGCAGUUCAGGCUGGGACGCAGACGACAGCUGGUCCAACGAGAAAGAAGGCCAAGGCCAGAGUUCGGCCGGCGAGGAGGGCUGGGGCAACGACUGGGCCGAGGAGGAGACGGACACGGCCACCGCCUCUCUGCCUGAGGGGGUCCGGUUAGCCAGCGAGUACAACUGGGACAGCGGCAGUGCAAACAAAGCGGCCAAUCAAAACGACCUGUUUGCGUCUGUGGUGCAGAGAAACACGACGCCUGGAGAUGGCUGGGGUGCGGACGCUACAGGAGACUGGGCCACUGAGGAAACCUGGGAGUCGGUGGAUGGAAGCCAAGCAGGUCUGAGCAAGGCUGAGCUCUCCAAGAAGAAACGAGAGGAGAGGAGGAAAGAGCUGGAGGCCAAACGGGCGGAGCGCAAAGCCGCCAAGGGUCCUCUCAAGCUGGGUGCUCGCAAGCUGGACUGAGUGAGUGAGGGGAGUUUUUUGAGAGGGUGUGGUCAUGCUUGAUGCCAGUGUUUCCAGGAGGCUAAUGGGAAUGUUGCUCCAGGUGCUGAAGAUGGCUUCACUGUCUGGAACUCAUGUCCACUUUUGUAAAUCCAUCCCCAAAUGUUCUCCAUUGGAUUUAGAUGAGGGGAACACGCAGGAUGGUCCAAAAGAGUGAGCUUAUUCCUCUUUGUGAAGUGCGGCGUUGUCCUGUUGAAAAAGCCAGUCAUUACCCCACGGACGAGGGCUUUCGGUCAUGGGGGGAUGCCCCCUGCAACAUCUCCACAUAGCCGGCUGCCGUUUGACGCCCCUGCACAAAUGAAGCUCCAUUGUUCCAUUGAAGGAUCAUGAUGGUGGAAAACAUCUCAGGUGGGAUCUCCUUGUCAUGCCAGCAACGUUGGAAGCCAUCAGGACCGUCAAGGGAGAAUCAAACCUUCUUCCACUUUUCAAUGUCCCAUGUUUGGUGCUCUCCUGCAAAUUCCAAACCUUGAAGGAGACCAGGCCUUUGAAGACCUUCUUUUUGUCUUCAAAGCCUUCUUUCAGAUGGCGUCUGAUGGUUAUUGGACUGCACUCUGCACCAGUAACAACCUUCAUUUGGGCCGAGGAUGGUCCCGUGUCUUGACGGACAGCCAAUGGGAUCCUCCGGUGACUCCUCCGGACUAGGGCCGGUGACCUUUUUUGGGUCGACCACUUGACUUUUUUGUUCCGUGAGCUUCAGGAUGUGUGAAGAAGUUUGAAAUGACCGUCUCACUGCGUCUAACCUCAGCAGCAUUGGCGUGCCGCAAGACCAUAAAGACACUGCAAGACCCAAAAGAGUCCAAACGAACAUGGAUGCAUGUAAAACAAGGCGCAUUGAAAUAAAAGACCUCCAUCAAGACUUUUUUUGUAUUUUUUAAUUGAGAUAAAAGGUGUGAAAUCUGAGUGGAUUUAUAAGUCGUAUUAAAAUAGUGCAAAUCUCUGCAUAUAAAACCCCCACCCCACAUUCAAGAGGUUUUACAAUGUAGACUAAUAAAUACAAUUGUUGUGGUGCUUAGCAGCCAUUUCCUCUUUCCUAUUCAUGUUAAAACAUAAACGUAGUAUCAUAAUGCUUCUUUAUUAUCAUAUGCUUGUGUGGCUCCCUUUGUGACAGGAUGUGUAAGGCUUUUCCGGUGAAUGCUUGAAAUUAGAGGAUGCACGAUAGCUUUUUGUUCAAACCGAUAACGUUCUGCUUCUCAAGACCAACAUUAUACCCAUAACUUUUUCUAAUACCUACUUUUUAAAAAUGUAGAUUUAACUGGAGUCUGUGGACAAAAGGACCGGAACAAAUACGGAUUUGAGCAACUAAUCAAAUAUCAUGACAUGACUACUAUCAGGAGAAGCAGACCUGCUGUGGCAAGGUGCACUGUAUUCGGGCACACCCUCAGAGCAGCUGGUGUGCCGCUACUUCAAACGCCACGGCACAACAAGACCCAGGCGUGGUAGCCACUCUCAUCGCAGAGCAUUUAGUACAACUAGCAUGCUAAAUGUCUCUGAAACAAUGUUUGUUAACGUCACCGGCAGGAGAAAAAAAGGAAAGCUUGAUUUGCGGACCUGCACAGUACACGUAAUCUUACCUCAUUGGAGCAUUUUUUAAAAAAUAAAAUAAAAUGCAUCAGUUAUCGGAUUUAUCGGUAUUGCGUCAUAAUUCACUCAUAUCGGCCUGACAGUUAUCGUGCACCCCUAGUUGAGAUGACUUGUUGCUUGUGUUAGUGUUUGUUCCUGUCCUUGUUCUUGCUGCUUCCGAACAGUGCUACAGUCGCCAAGCCCACGAGACCAAUGAUCGUCCCUGUCAUCAGGAGGGCUUCUCCUGCCUGACGCACCUGCAAAGAACACACAAACACGCCAUUUCUCAUUCACUGUGGUGGCGUAUAAAAGGUACCACCCACCUGCCGGGAUUGCGGCUUGCCGUAACGCAGAUUGGUGACGAAGUGCUCACAGUUUGCACUUAUGAUGCAGUAGCAUAACAUCUUGCCCACCAGCGCCAGGGCCUCCCUCACGAUGACGUGAACUGGGUGGGGCUCGUACUUGUGGUCCAGGUGGUUGUUGACUCUGAAACGGUCGUUUCCCACCACCUCCCACAGCUCCUCUCGCUUCACCAGGGCUCUGUCUGCAAAGACGGACAUCAUGCUGCUGGGGCCCGCCCCCGGACGCUCCGCUGCGGGCGACAUGAUGAUGAAAGUCGCUUUUAACAACGUGGACUUUGAAUUCAGUACUUCUUGGCAGUGUUGAGUGUUUGUACGCUUUACACUAGAAUGUCAGCACAGGUUGAACUUGACAUGAGUGGCCAAGUAUGUCUCCUCCAGACCUGAACCCAAUUUAGCAUCUGGAGGAGCACAAGGUGUCUAACAUCCACCAGUGAUGUCAUCAAGGAGAAGUAGAAGAGGAUUCUGUAACAACCUGUGCAGCUCAGGGCAAUUCCAUGCCCAAGAGGUUAAGGCAGCCCUAGAUGAUAACGAUAACUAACACUGACACUGUGAGGCUGGGCGGCUCACAGACAGGAAGUCAAAAAUGAAAUGAUGGAAUAUACAAUUGAUGGCUGACUUUUUUGGAAGCAAUAUUUUAGUCAUCUUCCUCCUCAUCUCCUUGACAAAAUGCUCUAAAAAUGCACUUUGGACAUGUAAUUAUGUGCAUUCAUGUUUCAAAAGACGGCAGUUUAAAAACAAAGAGAUCCAUUUGCUGGGGUUGACUUAAAAGUAUACUAAAUGUCAAUAAGCAUAUGACGGCAUAAAUAAAUACAUUUAAAAUAAAAAUAACUUCAAAGUGCAAAAAAAAUAGUAAAAAAUGUCUUAGAAAUAAAGAAAAAUGACUUAAAAGUGCAAGAAUAUAAAUAGUAAUAAAAUGACUUAAUAAAAAUUAAAAAUAAAAAUGAAUUAAAAGCAUAAAAAAUAUUAAUAAAUACAAAACAACUUAAAAAUGUAAAAAGUGAUUAUAAAUGACUUAAAAAGGAAAAAGAUUAAAAUACAAAAAUAACAGUAAGUUACAUACAAGCAAAAAAUACAAAUGACUUAACAGUGUAAAAAAGUAAUAGAAAAAAUACAAUUGCCUAAAAUGUGUAAAAAAACCAAAAAAAACAUACUGACAAAAACAUAAUGACCAAAAAAUACGGACUUAAAAGCAUAAAAAUAGUAUAUGUAAAUAAAUACAAAUUUAAAAUGUGUAAAAAUAAUAAAAAUGACAAAAGUGUAAAAGAAAAUAAGUGAUUUCACAUUGUAAAACAAAAAACGAAAUAACGUUUUAUAAACGACUUAAAAGUGUAAAAAUUAUUGAAUAAAUAUAAAUUAAAAUCACUUGCAGUAAAAAAAAAAAAUCCAAAUAAAAAAUUAAAAUAACAUAAAAGUGGCGACUUAAUGACCAUUGGAAAAUGCGUGCUUCAGGUUGAGAACAUUUUCGAGCCCCCGAUUUAGACAACAAUGGCUGUGUUGGCUUACUUUCAGGGGAUAGUACCGCUACACAAGCCAUACACUGGCACUGUACAUCCAAGUUUACUUUCUAUAGCAUUGUCCCUUGGGAAGACAUAAGCAAUGCUUUUGCUGAAAUGUGCGGGCUGUGCCCGUGAUGGUCAGGCUUUCAGUAGGACAAGAGGAACUCACAUGGUGGAGAUAAAUGAACAACAUAGCCGUCACCCACGCACAAGGCCCAGUGCUGGUAGCUGUUGCGGAAGAUCUCUAUCAAGUCCCCAGGCUUGGGUUUCUCAUCAUUCUAAGGGGGGUUACAAGAAAACACUUGUUUAAUGAUGAACUUCCACCUCUGGUAACAUUUGAAUGAAACAAUGUAACAAACACUGCACAGGUUCAACUAAAUGAACUUUUCUUACGUAUGUAGCCAUGUUGCUGUUCCUGUAAAGAAAGCAUACAAGACCAAUGUUGGACAAUUAUUUCACACCCUUCCAUUGUAAUACAGUAGUGUCCACAUAGUGUGUCCACGUCCGUAACUUUCAUUUUCUCAUAAAUGAAAGUACGGGUUCAGUGAGUGUUCGCGCGUGUGUGUACAGUACAAAUGUGGAUGGAUUUUUCUUUUAACAUAUCUGACACUCUUAUUCCCGACAAAUCUACGAGCAACACCUUUAUGAUAUAUUAAUACUCUAAACCUAAUUGUACUACUACGACCUCUGGUAGAAUACCAUUGCGUUUUAAUUUCAUGAAAACGGAAUUAUUUUUGAAAGAUUUGUCAUUAAUUUUAAUCAAAUGAAGUUAAAUUGAAGUGGAUUUGGAUACGAUUAGCAAGUAUUAAUACGCCUUUUUACAGCAUCCACCACAAACCGGCCAACCUUUGCUAUCAGCACGAGCUAAGGUGUCAUUUAACAGAGUAAAAUUAUAAAUAAAAAAGAUGACAUCUUAAGUUUCGUUUUGACGGAGCCCGGGAGGGGACAUGAAGAAAAAAAUAUGAUUGAAAAACAAAAAAACCGAACUUUUGCGUUCCACGCAAAAGUUCGUUCUUUUUUUUUUAUAACGCAAAGCUGUUUUGCUUUCCGCAAAAGAGACUGUGAUAAAGCUUGAAACAUUCACAUAUUCAAACUUCCGGGAUCAAUAACUCCCAAGUCAAUGGUUCUAACACAGCAAACCAUACCUAUUUGCAACCGUGGCAACACAGACAAACAGCUACAACCCAGUUUUUAUCAAAACGAGCCGUGUUCUGUGCAGUCUGACUUAUACUGAUCUCUGUGAGAUGCCGGCUUCGAGACCGGAGCGCAGGGACCGUCGACAAACGUCUUCCUUUUCUUCUGUAUUAUGGCGGUUGGCAUCAAUGUCGCCAACUCCUCAGUAAGACAAGCAUCUAUUGGCUGUUCUGAAAGGCGCUAUAUCCGUACAUUUUCACUAAUGCUGUCCUUACCUUAAAUGUAUUUGCUGUUCUCCGUCCGCCGAUCGCUGCUACAGACUGAAAUAGCGAAACGUCAACAGUCACCUUACCUUUUUUUAAGUUAGGCUGUCAGAGAUCAGCUGACCACCUUCUUCAAAAUAAAAGCCUUGCCACAAUAAAACAUGAAAUGUAAUUAUUUACACUGCUUGCUUUCUGUACAGCCAUUAAGAGACCCUGGGGAGACUUGGAGCAGAACACAAGUAUGAGCAAUGCGAUUGUGACUGGGCUCCACAAGUGGACAAAAUGUAAAUGACGAUAUAAGCAAAGGAAAUGUAAAAGUUACGGCGUGAAAGAAUUAUCAAUAAUAUAGAUAUUGAGAAGCGGUAGUCGGAUUUAAUAAGCAUCUGCUUCUUCGCACUCCUUUUCGGACAUGUUGAAUUGUGCAACUGUAACCACAAUGUAAAAGAAAAUAUUCUUAGGGAAAUUAUUUUAGUUUUCUUGUAUUAAAAAAAAAAUUCUGUAA